GAGAUACAUUAAAUGAAGCUGUUGUUGACCUUCCAUCGUUAAAGCGAGAGCAUAUGCAUUACGUUGCUCUUAGUAGACUUAGAAGCAUUUUGGGAUUACAUAUUCUUAAUCUGAAUGAAAAGAAAAUAGCUGUGAGCAAGAAGGUACAAGAAGAAAUGACAAGACUAAGACAAAAUUCUGUACUUAAAAGUCAUCUUCCAUUUCUCUAUAAAGAUACUAGUGAGACAUUUAAAAUAUUAUUCCAGAAUGUGAGAUCAUUACAUCUUCGCGUUGCUGACGUUGCAAGUGAUUAUAAUACAAAAGCAGCAGAUAUUAAUAUAUUUGUAGAAACUGCUCUAUGUAGUAAUGAUGACAAUGAAUUCAGGAUUUAAACUAUUCAGAAAUGACUUCAUCACAGAUGAUACUAGAACACCUUAUGGAACUGCUGCUUACGUAAAUGACAUUGUUAUAUAGCUAGCGUGAACACCAAACGUGAUUGGCUGAUUUGUGGUCAUGUGACUUCAGAUAAAUGCAAUGUUUCCCGCCGGGCAACAAGUGAAAAAUUGUUGCCCGCCUCGACCGGCCACGUACAUAAAUAAACAAAAUGGAGGCACAACUCAGAUAAUUAGAAACUACGAUUUUCCAUAGAUUUUCCAAGUUUGUGUUAAAAUAAAGAAUAUAAAAGAGACGAAAAAUACACAACAGGCAACAAGAUAUACUGCUGAAACCGUUUAAGUAGGUUCUUUUAAUUUUAAACUCGUUUACACUAUAGAGUUUUUGUCACGAAAUACAAUUGUUGUAUGAAUGUUGUUGAAGUUGAUUUUUGUUCGUCGCUAUAUAACAAAACACUUAAUGCCUGUUCCCUCGGGAAAUAGUUUCGUUUUCCCUCGAAUCUUAAUGUUUCCCUCAACUUAGUCUCGGGAAAACAAAACUAUUUCCCUCAGGAGCAGACAUUAAGUGUAUAAUAUACAACUCAUCUUAGAACCUUCAAGGUGCAACUAUAAUCAUGUAGAAAUGGCAUUACUCAAAGUAAACCAACCAGUAAAUAAUUUACAUGUUGUAGGAAAUUAUCACUCUAAAUCAAAAGUAAAAAUUUCGUGGUGAAAGUAGUGGUGUUUUAGAAUCAUACUUUAGUGACCAUAAGCCUAUUUUCAUGUCACUUAUUUGAUAUUUUUUAUUAAUAAAUAAAUGAACAGUUCAAGAAGUUAAAAUUUAAUAUACUGUACGUAUAAACCGGUCCUACUAAAGAAUGCCCGGGAAUGCCCGGGGAGAUUCGUUGAAUGCCCGGGAGUUGGGAAAGAAUGCCCGGGGAAAAUUAAGUUCAUAAUUACGUUAGUGUAUACUAAUAAAAUCACUUAUUUUAUGAAAGAUGAAAUAAUUCUUGUAAUAUAUGGCAUUGCAAAGUACUGUUCACGGAAUGUCCGGCUGUCACAAAUGAAUGGCCGGGAGUCGAAAAUGUAUGCCCGGGGUAAAAUUACGCAAGUAAUUACGAUAGUUAAUGAUAACAUUAACAAGUCUUUUAUUUUUUAAUGAGUAAUAUAUGGCAUUGCAAAAACUAUUCACAGAAUGCCUGGGGAAAAUUACGUACCGCUAAUGUCUUUUUCAAAUCUACUCAGAAUAUAUCACUAUCAGUGAAAUAUAUUUUCGGUAGUGUAAAAAGAUGUUUCUUCAUUAUUAUUUAGCAUUACAAAGCCAAAUAAAUAAUUUCUGUGAAUAGUUUUUGCAAUGCCAUAUAUUACAAGAAACUUUCAUUGAAAAAUAAAAGACUUGUUAAUGUUUUCAUUUAUAACUAUCGUAAUUACUUGCGUAAUUUUACCGCGGGCAUUCAUUUUCGACUCCCGGGCAUUCUUUUGUGACAGCCGGACAUUCCGUGAACAGUACUUUGCAAUGCCAUAUAUUACAAGAAUUAUUUAAUCUUUCAUAAAAUAAGUGAUUUUAUUAGAAUAAACUAACGUAAUUAUGAACGUAAUUCCCGGGCAUUCAACGAAUCUCCCCGGGCAUUCCCGGGCAUUCUUUAGUAGGACCCGUAUAAACUACAAAUAACUGCAUCCCAAUAUCGACAAGCUUCAAGUUAAUCUUCAAGUCUUAAGCUAAGCUUUAAGAAGGUGAGUUUUAAUGAUUUUAUAUAUUUUUAAUUGACUCCCUUCGCAAUUUACGACACUGUAUAUAGCUACAGUAUUCUUGUACUCAUUUAAUUUUCUUUUCAUCGUUAUUUUAGUGACAUCAUGACCAUAUUGAACGGAGAUUAUAGGAACCUCAAAUAUUCAACCCUCAAAUAUUCAACCCUCAAAGUGUGGCUAACAAUUUGGAAAUUACCGACUUCCAAGUUCGCACCAAUAGCAACAACAUGAAGCCAGCACAUAUCCCAACCAUACAUUGUGAACUGUCAGUCAUCACAGUGAAAUUACAAGACAACUACACAACGCCCAUGAUUAACUUAAAUGUGUGAUCUGAACUGAGAGGAAAGAGAAGAAAAACAUUAUGUUGAAGCCACGAUCAUCAUUCAACCAACAAGGAACGAAAAUAUAUGGCAAGAAAUAAACAUUUCAAAUGACGUAGACUGGUUAUCGACUGUCACCUCCUGAUAUCAAAAAACAAAAGCUAUAGACUAUACUAGAAAAUACAUGCAUGCAAAAACCCUUGCCUUACUGACAAAACAUUAUGUUUUCUGAAUAUGAAGAAUUGAAAGUAGUUGUCAUGGUAACAUGAUAAUUUUAAGAAUAGUUUUGAAAUUGAAAAAUUCCUGCAAAACAUCACUUUUAAUAACAAAAUUAUCAAUUUCCCAAACAUAUAUAUGCUAGGUAUGUUAUUAUACGUAAUAUAAGCUUCAAUUUAAUGUAAAAUUCAACCACAAAUGUUUCACAAAACGUUUUAAAAUGUUCUUAAAACUAAUCGGCCUUCGAAUUAUCGGUAAACAUUGAGUUUGAAACAAACUGAUUUCAAAUUCUCGCAUGAAAAUAACUUUGCUUUCCUCUUUAUUUAAAUACUUUAAUAUACAAAAGAAAGGGUAAUUAAUAAAACUACACUGCAAUUCUAUCCUGUCUUUUUUCACUUAUAUACUCAAUGAUAGUAUCACUAUAACUAUCAGUUCGAUAUUCGCAGUAUCGCCCACCACUAUCAGUUAUAAAUAUAUCAAUUAUAAAACAAACAGUACAUCAAUAUUUAAAACAAACUUAAGUACCUUCAUUAACGUUGGCGACUUUGCUCUAUUCUCUUAGACGUUUUUAGACGUUUUUUGGCUCUCAGAAAGGUUUUGAAAUUUACAAAAUCUUGCAAAAAUACAACUUGCAUGAUAAAUGUUCGUUAUUUCGAUGUCGUCAAUGCAGUCAUUAUAAUGCAAAUUUCAAUUUCACCAAUCAGUGUUCACUAUUCACGACAGUCCGCUACAUAUUUUGAGAUCAGUGAGGACGACCACCCAUGAACAGUGAGCCAUGUGCCCACGAUAUUUGCUGAACUUUAGACUUGGCUAGUGCGUUCCUUAGCCCCGGGUGUAAAUAGCCGGGCGGAAUUAGUACCCUCGCACGGCGCUUCGUGCCAUCGGCUCGGGGACUAAUAUGCGAACUGAUUCUUCGACGAACUAACGUUAAUAAUAUCUUCUCUCACGAAGAUUCAUGUAAACCUGAUUACCGACAUUAAAUAGCGAAAUACAGAAAUGUCUCCCAUUCGACAUUUUGUUUGCUUACAGCAUAGUUAAUAAAAAUACUACAGCCGCCCACAACUCGUGUGAAAUGUGAAGCUACUAACAGGGAUUAUAAUAGCAUUAGCUUAGCCUAUAGCCUUGUAGGUCAUGUGUCACGACUCGCAAGAGGCAAUUGUUCUUCCGAUCUGCAACGGAAUCCUGUUGCUCCGAAAGUAGUGCUGAAAUACUGUAAAUAAAAUAUGUAACUGUAAAUGAUACAGUUCUUGCAGUGACUUUUUCAAUUUGAAACUUCACACUAUCCUUGGAUCUGCCAGCAUAAAGGUCUGCUAUAUUUUCCACCCCUGAUUAAUUAAUUGUGUAAAUGAAUUAACCCUAUAGAUUACAAGAUUAACCAAAUGUGACAUCUGUGUUGUUCUUAUGCUUCAGUCAUUUGACCCGGACACCCGGACAUAGCGGGAGAUUAACAAAAUUUAGCUUGGAUUUAACAAUGUGCUCUGCCCUGAAGGGCGAUGGCAGGGAUUUCAUUAGAUGCUGGCAAAUUCCGCCGGCUACUUCGACACUUCGUGUGAAAUUUAAAUGUUUUAAAUAAGUGAAUUAACUUUAAUAGAAAUUACACUUGUCUACUAAAUGUGUGCUCUUACCGUCUAUUCAAACAGUUUUUUUUCCUUGAAAGCAUAUUUCAUUAAUGUGAAGAUGAUUUAGUGGUUUAAAAAUGUCUUGUCAUUAAUGACUAUUUUUUCGUAUGUCCGCCAUCUUGAAACGGUGAAGAGAAACCGGAAGUAAAUAUUAAUUGUGAUGUUUUGCUAGACAAGAAUAUUUUACUAGACAAGAAUAUAAUACUUUAAACGAUGGAGACCAAAUGCAGGUGAAUAAGCAAUUUGUUUCAUUGAAAGGUUCUAUUUUACAAGUUGUCAUGAAACAGAUGAAUAAAUAUUAAAUCAAUAUAUAUUAGAUACGACGUAAAUUUUUAAUUGAAAGCAUAAAUUUAUAGUUUUUAUGUAUUUUAUUUAACAAAGGACUAUUUUAAUUUUAAAACUUUACCCCCUUCUCAGUUCUCACCUUUUGUGUCAUAGGUACAAGUUCAUCUUGCUUUUCUGAUAAAAACGAGACUGAUAGUGGGUCAAAAACAGCACUUAUCAGCACUGGAUCUACUUCAGAACAAGUAGAUCCUGAUAGUUAUGUUCUUUCCUCAGCAGACUGCAGCCUCGUUAUGGUCUUGACUAACAUGCUGAAUAUAAUGGAGGAAGAUGAAAAGAGCGACGAUGAACAUGAACUACUGAGUCUAUUGGAGAGUGAAGACAAAGUAAAUGAUGCUCUAAGAUUGAUGAAUAUACCUCAAUCGGACAGUUACCUUUAUAGUUCGGACUCAAGUUCUGAAGAUGAUGAAUAA